AUGUCCUUCUCUGCAUCUGCCGAAAGCUACCAUCUCCACGAUGGACACAUCCUCAAGGCUGUAGUUAGAAACAGGGAAGGCGAGCCCUGCGAAUCCGAGAUCGACCUUGACCAAUUUAUUGGAAACCAGGACGGUUGGUUCAUGUGGGAUGGCGCAGACUGGUCGCACUCAGCUCAGGAUGCUAGACUUGAGGGUACUACCCUGACAGCAGAGCUGCCCAAGCGCGAUGGAGGAUACAGGGAGCGACAAGGGAUUAACCUCGAUGACCGCAUUACCAACAACGACGGCGUGCUUGUAUUCAACUAG